AUGAUGUCGAAGCAUAUCACUGUUCUCGGGGAAGAUUUUAAUCCACAGACCUCAAAACCAUUUGUGAGCAGGGAUGUCGAAGGGCCACGCUUGGUCAGGCCACCCUCAAUCAGAUCCUCUCCGACGCCACAAAUUAACACCCACCGCAAUCUUAAAACAGCAUUCACUGCAAAGUCGACUCGCAAUGACAACAGCUCUAGUUCUGAAAACCCGCACAUUGAUGUUCGCGAAAGUAAAUUGACCACUGACCGGGAAUGGAGAUUCGGCGAUAAAAAAGGCGAUAGAGAAACUGUAUCACAGUUUUCUGCUGAAGAUCAGGCUGCAGCAAUUUUGGACGAGAUUGCUGAAAGAAAAAAUGACGCAAACCAAAAAAUCAAAUCUCUUCGUCACAAUGUUUUGAGUAAUGAUAAACGCAUUGACAAGCUUCAGGCAUCAUUUGAAGACUUAAUUUGUCAAGCGAGGAGCUUGCAAGAGCUCUGCGACAGUGAAGUGGAUAUUAAUGAGCUGGACAAACAUUUUUUGACGAUUCCCGACUGCAACAUCAACUUGUACCUCAGCAAGCGGAUUUAA